AUGUCGCUAAUCCUUUAUAUUGAGCCAGCUGCCUUUGAAGUGCCCUGCCUCUCUGCUGAAUCUCUGGCUGCUCUUGCAUACUUGCAGAACGUCGCACCUGCUUCCUUUCUAGUGCAUUGCACGGCCAAUGCCGCAGCACUCAUCACAGGCAAGUUGCCAACACUGAACGAUAAAGGCUCAGGUACAUGGACAUCUGGAUUUGCUGCGAUCGUCGCAUAUUUGAAAAAGCUUGGCCUCGAUGCUGAUGAGCCUUUGAAUGCACUCGAGCGCGCAGAAAGCAUCGCUUUGCAGGUACUGGUUGAGCAAAGCGCGAGCGAUUUGUUGAGCAAGGUAUGGUUCGGCGAUGAUCUCAACUACGCAGCCGUCAGGAGUAUCUUGGGUAAAGCACUGCCAGUGCCCUUUAACUACACCUUGCCAGCUGAGCUGCGUAAACGUGCAGUUGGAAUCACAAGCACAGUCGAGGGUAAUCUCCCGCCGAUUGCAAUGGGCGUCACGCCGUCGGUCCGGUCUGCAGCCACGGCGCUUUCUGCCAGUAGCCAAAAGACUCGCAAGGCUCAAGGUCUCUAUGCUCUGAUUGAAAAGCAGUUGGGUGACAAGGCCUAUCUCUUUGGCAAACAAGCCACUUCUUGCGAUGCACUGGUCUGUGGACAUCUCAGCCUCCACUCAUACGACCAGAUCCCCAACCCAAUCCUGGCUGAGGAACUACAAAGAUCCUUUCCAAAAUUACACAGCUAUGUUGCGGCAUUCAAAGACAAUCUUCGCCCAGUAGAUCUUGCUCCGCCAGAGCCUGUCGGUAUCAUGAACAUCUUCAAUGCAUUGUGGCGCGAAAUGGCUGGCCCGCGUCGCUCCAAGCCUAAGACCGAAGAGCCAAGCAUGGAGGAAGGGCUUAAACGUAUUAAGGACAGGAAGGAGAAGCUGUACUUCGCAUGUGCUAGUGUGCUUGGCCUGAUUGGCUUCAUCAUCUUCAACGGCAUCAUCUCAUUCGAUAUUGAAGGGGAAGAAGACUACGAAGACGCUGGUAGUUUCAACGAACAAGAGGAAGUCGAGGAGGAAUUAUCUGACGAUGAACUAGAAUAG